AUGGCCAGCCUUCCCCAGCUCGCCUCCGUCUCCCCGGGCGAGAAGCUUGGCCUCUACUUGGCGGCCUCCCAGCAUGCACUCAGCUCUGUCCUGGUCAAGGAAAACUCCAACCAACAACUCCCGAUCUACUACGUCAGCCACGUCCUAAGUGGACCUGAGGAGCAUUACCCACCGAUAGAGAAACUCGCGCUCGCCCUGGUGCUCUCAGCUUGGAAGUUGCGCCCCUACUUCCAGGCACACCCGGUGGAGGUCAUCACCAACCAACCCCUUCGACAGCUCGGCGAACAUGACAUAAGGUACUCGCCCAGGACCGCCGUCAAGGCCCAGGUGGUAGCCGACUUCAUUGCGGAGCUGACGCAUUUGGAGGACGCAGAUCUCAAGCAGUCUCCCGAAGCUUGGACCCUACACGUUGAUAGCUCGGCCAACUCAAGGGGCACCGGCGCAGGGCUGGUCCUCGCCCCUGACGGACGCUCGUUCGAGCGAUCCCUUCGCUUCGGGUUCAAAGCCACCAACAAUGAGGCGGAGUACGAGGCGCUCCUAGCAGGACUAAGGUUGGCCCUCGAGAUGCAGGUGGUCGCGAUACGCGUCCUCACCGAAUUGCAACUUGUGGCCGAGCAGCUUAACGGCGGAUACGAAGCUCGGGACGCAACCAUGGCGAAAUACCUGGCACGGCCGACCUCCGAAGCAUGGCCAGAGGUUGAGGAGCUCCCUGCCCGCGCCGUCGAAAUAGCAAUUACAGCCCCAGGCGGCGCGCCGACCACGUGGGUACAAGAGCUGCUACGCUUCAAGCGGGAUGGAACCCUUCCCCUCGACGAAGUUGCAGCUCGGCGCCUGCGUCGUACGCACUCAUGGUACACCGUGGAGUGUGGCCGCCUCUACAAACGGUCCUUCACCUAUCCCCUCCUGCGAUGUUUAGAGCCUGACGAAGCCCAGAUGGUCCUAACCGAAACCCACGAGGGGGUAUGCGGUGAGCACAUCGGCGGGCGAACCUUGGCGCACAAGAUACUCCGUCAAGGCUACUACUGGCCGACCAUGUGCCGGGACGCCAAAGCCUACGUUCAGCGGUGCAGUUCGUGCCAGCAGCACGCCCGCGCACCCCGACAGCUCGCGGUUCCGCUCAGUCCCAUCGACUGCGCGUGGCCAUUCGCGCAGUGGGGUUUGGACCUGCUCGGACCCUUCCCACCAGCCUAUGGACAGCGGAAGUACAUAAUCGUGGGGGUGGACUAUUUCACAAAGUGGGUCGAGGCUGAACCACUGGCGACAAUCACGGAACAUCAAAUGGAGAAGUUCGUGUGGAAGAACCUAGUAACUCGGUUCGGGUUGCCCAAGGCCAUUAUCACAGACAAUGGACCUCAGUUUGCCGGCAGAAGAUUCCGGGAGUUCUGUGCCGAUCAUGGCAUCCAACUGAGGUUCAGUUCGGUGGCCCAUCCUCAGACUAACGGGCUAGCGGAGGUAACCAACCGAUCCAUCCUGGACGGACUCAAAAGAAGAGUGUCUGCAGCCCAAUCGACCUGGACAGACGAGCUCCCCAGUGUGUUGUGGUCACUGCGCACAACUCCCAACACCGCAACCGGAGAAUCCCCGUACAGCCUCGCAUUCGGAACUGAAGCUAUCCUGCCACCUGAGGUGGCCAUCACCACCCUCCGAACACGAAGCUACGACGAAAAGGCCUCGGAGAAGGACUUCGAGCAGCCCUCGAUCUGCUAG